GAUGGAUAGAGCCGUGUGCGGAAAUAUAGAACACAAGAUGGAUUCAAACCAGUGCCACUCCUCGAUUUGGAAAAACCCGAUUUAUGGCAACAGACUAGAGUAAUUCCACUGGUUAGUAUCGGUGGCGAUUGUACAAGCGACAAUGUCGAAAUCAACAGGGUACAAUAGUACGUUAUAAAGCGAAUGGUGUGUGUGUUACAGUACAGUUUGUAGAUAGCUAGGCUGUAAGGCUGUCAGAUUUUCCCCAGUCGGUGGCGAGCUGUACUCCCAUCGGUCUGGUAAGCUUUGGCGAUCAUUGGCACUGGAGGAGGCUUUAAGCAACGGUCCAUUCCCCCGGUGAUAAAACAUGGCGACUCUAGCAGACGUGAGUCCAUCAAGCAGCAGUGGAGGUACAGACGGGGGAAGCGAGUCGGAAUGCUCGAGUCGACCGAGUACCCCUCAAACCCCGACGACUGUCUCCCCCAAGCCGAAUGUGACAGGCCCUCGUUAUAAACUCAUCCAUGAGGGCGACAUCCAAGUCUGCAGGCUAAAUCACACCAGAACUAUUGUCAGUAAAAUCAUGAACUCUAAAUAUCUACGGAGAUGGGAAUGUCAUCAUUUGAUCCUGGCUCAGAGUGAAAUAUGCUCGGAAACGCCUGCGGGUUUCAUGGAAGCUGCUAUUCCGUACUCUAACAUAGAGGAUGUCCACAUGAUCUCCCGCUGGGAUGCAGGGCAUAAAUUUUGUAUUCGAAUCACAAUUCCAGACGGUUCCCUAUUAAUACAGGCCAACAAUGCCUACUUGCGAGAUCAGUGGUUACACUCAAUACAGUGGAAGAAACACAUGUUCAAAUAUGACAAACUUCUUAAAAAUGCAAGGAGACCAGAAGUUUUAGUAAAAGAGAUAAAGACGAUGAUUGAUGUAUCAUUAUGGACACCCAUCCAAGAUGUAAGUGUGUACCAGUUCCCCCUGGAUCUUAUCUCAGAGGUCGUCCAACAGGCCUCCAAGUGGCAUUGUAUUCAACCUCUGUGUUUACCUUCACAGGCCUCCAAGUGGCAUGGUGUUCAACAUCUCUGUUUACCUUCACAGACCUCCAAGUGGCAUGGUAUUCAACAUCUCUGUUUACCUUCACAAGCCUCCAAGUGGCAUGGUAUUCAACAUCUCUGUUUACCUUCACAGGCCUGCAAGUGGCAUGGUAUUCAACAUCUCUGUUUACCUUCACACGCCUCCAAGUGGCAUGGUAUUCAACAUCUCUGUUUACCUUCACACGCCUCCAAGUGGCAUGGUAUUCAACCUCUGUGUUUACCUUCACAGGCCUCCGAGCACAGGCCUGCAAGUGGCACGGUAUUCAACAUCUCUGUUUACCUUCACACGCCUCCAAGUGGCAUGGUAUUCAACAUCUCUGUUUACCUUCACACGCCUCCAAGUGGCACAGUAUUCAACAUCUCUGUUUACCUUCACAGGCUUCCAAGUGGCAUGGUAUUCAACCUCUCUGUUUACCUUCACAGGCCUCCAAGUGGCAUGGUGUUCAACAUCUCUAUUUACCUUCACAGGCCUCCAAGUGGCAUGGUAUUCAACAUCUCUGUUUACCUUCACAGGCCUCCAAGUGGCAUGGUAUUCAACAUCUCUGUUUACCUUCACAGGCCUCCAAGUGGCAUGGUGUUCAACAUCUCUGUUUACCUUCACAGGCCUCCAAGUGGCAUGGUAUUCAACAUCUCUGUUUACCUUCACAGGCCUCCAAGUGGCAUGUGUGCGUGUGUUUUCUAUUUCCAGCAUUGCAAAAACAGCCCAAGAUCAACAUUAGUCAUAGAAUUAUUUACACCAGUAGUGCAAAGAAUCUUGAAGCAUAAUAUGGACUUUGGUAAAUACCCUCACAUGAGAACAUUUGUACAAGAUUACAUUCAAGCCUUAAAUUCCCAGAAUGAUAGAGCCAGAGUCGUACAGAACUUUGUUAAAAGUAUGCAUGGUCCCGCCAGUGUUUGUCCUCAUCCCCGUGUCUUACCCAAUCUUGUGGCUGUCUGCCUAGCAGCCAUUUAUUCCUGCUAUGAGGAGAGAAAAAACGUACUGCAGGGAAUUAUUAAUGAGGUGUCAACAGAUGAGCCUAUGUGGGAAGAACGGUUGCUGUGUUAUAUCUCCAUGUUAGAAUCAAUGGCUGUGUUUGAUGACUGGCGCUAUGUUCUGGGCAGCCUUCUUCAACCUAUCCCAUUCCCUGAUGAUGCAAUUGCCCAUGAAACAUUUACUUCCAAAAUGAAGGUGGUCAUCAAGCAGUUGGCAGCAGACUCUAAAUGUGACAUCCACCAAACUGUGUUGGGUAUCCGUGAGGGCAAGGAGGGCUGGUUCCACCUGUACUGCCCCGGGGGGAUAGCUUGUGAUGACGAGGGAGAGCUGUGGGGAGUCAUGCUGAAAACAUUGAUUCGAUGUUGCUGCAAACGCAAAAAAUUCCUCCAGGGAUUGAACAAGAUGCUUGGGCCUGUUAUGUUGCUGGCAUUGAGGGAAAAUGAAGCAGCUAUGGAAGUUCUCUGUGCUAUGUUGGAACUGGAGGUUAUUGACAGCAAUGAUUGUAAGAUGCAGAUGGUGACUACACUACAGAGUACAUCUCAGGGGAAGAAGAUGUAUGCAGCUCUAUGUGAGCGACAGAUAGCCUUGAGAGAAUUGCAGCAAAAAGGCGGACCUAAGAAGUUAACUUUGCCCUCAAAGUCAACCGAUGCUGACCUGGCCAAGAUGCUGAGUUCAGGUUCCUUUGGUAACCUUGAGUGUUUAAGUCUAGCCUUCACACAAGUGACCAGUAACUGUGCCCAGGAGCUGAUCAAGCUGCCCUCUCUACGUUAUCUUAACCUCUGGUCAACACAGUUUGGAGACCAGGGUUUGCACCUAAUCUCUGAACACCUUCAGAAACUACAGGUGUUAAAUCUGUGCGAGACACCGGUCACAGACAAGGGCCUCACCAGCCUGGCAGCUCUGAAGAAUCUAAGGAAGCUGAAUUUGAACAGUACACAUCUGUCUGCCUUGACUUUUGAAGGCCUCAAGGAGAAGCUACCAGCACUACAGGAGUGUGAUGUGAGGUAUACGGAUGCCUGGUGAGGAAUUAAAGCUGCUACCACUAACUACCCACAAACUGCAUGGGGGGGUGGGGAUUCUGAGACGACAAUGCGGGUCACAGGAGGAGAUCUGACCUUGACAUUUAUCGACCAUGUUUGGACAAGUGCCUGACGUCCGCUGUGCUCAUAAGAACAACAAGGAGGGAGAA